AAAAGCAACUUCACCAUAUUUAGCUGGCUUGCCGAAGCCCCGCAGAGUUGAGCUGUCAAACCAGACCUCAAAUCUUAGCACUUCUCGGCGGAUACAGCUCGCUUUUGACGCCUCCUUCCUCCCCGACUGGAUACAACUCAACUAUCCGGAGUGUUUGGUGAAUGCGGCGGCGUCCAAAAGUAUCCGUCGGAUAUCCAACUCUGCAACUACCGAGCUAGCCGCCAGAGCUAACCACUGUUGCUACCGCGUCGCUGGCUCUGUCGUCGAUACGAAUUAGUGUCACAGUUUUUAACGGACGACCGUCGAUGGGGUUUAGUUCGGACUCGACGACCCCGCUAAAAUGAUCUCCUGACAGUUCCUCUGUUCCGAGACAGGCACUUUUCGUCCGAGCUAAGGGGCUAGUUUGGCCAGCUAGCCGGGCUUCACCGCCACAGCGCCGCGUUGGGAGAGCAGCAGCAGCUUCCGUUCGGAUUCGGUUCGGAGAAAAGAAGAUACGAGUAACACCCGGCUCGGCUUUGCUGUGCGGUCACGGGGGUUGGGUAGACCGGGACACCCAGUCUCGCUGGGUUUGCUGAGGCGUUCCACGAGCGAAGAAGACACCGGGUCGAGCGGAGGAGAAGAGCCAGUCGUUUGACAACUGUGAUCCGGGUAGCGAACCGGGCAGGGACCUCAUGAAUGGAAAUCGGAACUACAGGAGCCGUUGGGGCCCAGUCCCUAUUCUCCAUGCCAAGACGGCCUGGCUAUGGCACCAUGGGAAAGCCAAUCAAGCUGCUGGCCAACUGUUUUCAGGUGGAGAUCCCCAAGAUGGAUGUCUACCUGUACGAGGUGGACAUCAAGCCUGAUAAAUGCCCCAGACGAGUCAACAGGGAGGUGGUGGAUUCCAUGGUACAGCACUUUAAGGUGACAAUCUUUGGGGAUAGAAGGCCAGUCUAUGAUGGAAAGAAAAGUCUGUACACAGCCAAUCCACUGCCUGUGGCACCCACUGGGGUGGACCUGGAUGUUACGCUGCCAGGGGAAGGAGGGAAAGAUCGUCCUUUUAAAGUGUCUAUCAAGUUUGUGUCUUUGGUCAGUUGGCACAUGCUCCAUGAGGUGCUAACUGGCCGCAGCAUGCCUGAGCCUCUGGAGCUGGACAAACCCAUCAGCACCAACCCUGUACAUGCUGUGGAUGUGGUUCUAAGACACCUGCCAUCUAUGAAGUACACGCCUGUUGGACGAUCUUUUUUCUCUGCUCCUGAGGGGUAUGACCACCCCCUAGGAGGUGGAAGGGAAGUGUGGUUUGGCUUUCAUCAGUCGGUGCGCCCUGCCAUGUGGAAGAUGAUGCUGAACAUUGAUGUAUCUGCCACUGCCUUCUACAAGGCUCAGCCUGUCAUUCAGUUCAUGUGUGAAGUGCUGGACAUCCACAACAUAGAUGAGCAGCCUCGUCCUCUCACCGACUCACACCGAGUCAAGUUCACCAAAGAAAUCAAAGGCUUGAAGGUGGAGGUGACACAUUGCGGAACCAUGCGGAGGAAGUACCGGGUCUGUAAUGUAACCCGCCGACCAGCAAGCCACCAAACGUUCCCGUUGCAACUGGAGAAUGGUCAGACUGUAGAGCGAACUGUUGCCCAGUACUUCAGAGAGAAGUACAACCUGCAGCUCAAGUAUCCCCAUUUGCCCUGUCUUCAGGUGGGCCAGGAGCAGAAGCACACCUACCUGCCCCUAGAGGUGUGUAAUAUUGUGGCUGGUCAGCGUUGCAUCAAGAAGCUGACGGAUAAUCAGACCUCCACCAUGAUCAAAGCAACCGCUCGCUCUGCACCAGACAGACAGGAGGAGAUCAGUCGACUGGUGCGCAGUGCCAACUAUGAAGCCGAUCCAUUUGUGCAGGAAUUCCAGUUCAAAGUGCGCGACGAAAUGGCCCACGUGACGGGGCGAGUGCUGCCCGCCCCCAUGCUGCAAUACGGCGGCAGGGUGAGCACAGAGCACUUUAUGAACCGCACUGUAGCCACACCCAGUCACGGAGUUUGGGACAUGAGGGGAAAGCAGUUCCACACUGGUGUGGAGAUCAAGAUGUGGGCCAUCGCCUGCUUUGCCACUCAGAGACAAUGUCGAGAGGAAAUUCUGAAGGGUUUUACCGACCAGCUGCGCAAGAUCUCCAAGGAUGCUGGGAUGCCAAUCCAGGGCCAGCCAUGUUUUUGUAAAUACGCCCAGGGAGCUGACAGUGUGGAGCCCAUGUUCAGGCACCUGAAGAACUCGUACGCUGGACUGCAGCUCAUCAUCGUCAUUCUGCCGGGGAAGACUCCCGUCUACGCUGAGGUGAAGCGUGUCGGCGACACGCUCCUGGGCAUGGCUACCCAGUGCGUUCAGGUGAAGAACGUGGUGAAGACAUCACCUCAGACUCUCUCCAACUUGUGCCUCAAGAUCAAUGUAAAGCUGGGAGGCAUCAACAACAUUCUGGUCCCUCACCAACGACCCUCGGUGUUCCAGCAGCCAGUCAUCUUCUUGGGAGCAGAUGUAACUCAUCCACCGGCUGGAGACGGGAAGAAACCGUCCAUUGCAGCAGUGGUUGGCAGUAUGGACGCCCAUCCCAGCCGGUACUGUGCCACAGUGCGCGUCCAGAGACCCAGACAGGAGGUCAUUCAGGACCUAGCCUCGAUGGUGCGGGAACUGCUCAUCCAGUUCUACAAGUCCACUCGCUAUAAGCCCACCAGGAUCAUCUUCUACAGGGACGGAGUUUCAGAAGGCCAGUUCAGACAGGUGCUGUAUUAUGAGCUGCUGGCCAUCCGAGAGGCCUGUAUCAGCCUGGAGAAGGAGUACCAGCCAGGCAUCACCUACAUCGUCGUCCAAAAGCGCCACCACACACGGCUCUUCUGUGCCGACCGCAACGAGAGGGUUGGGCGUAGUGGAAACAUUCCCGCUGGCACAACGGUGGAUACAGACAUCACGCAUCCAUAUGAGUUUGACUUUUACCUCUGCAGUCACGCUGGAAUCCAGGGCACGAGCCGGCCUUCCCACUACCACGUGUUGUGGGACGACAAUUGUUUUACUGCCGAUGAGUUCCAGCUGCUUACCUACCAGUUGUGCCACACCUACGUGCGCUGCACUCGCUCAGUCUCCAUCCCUGCGCCAGCCUACUACGCCCACCUGGUGGCCUUCCGCGCCCGCUACCAUUUGGUGGACAAAGAACAUGACAGCGCUGAGGGCAGCCAUGUUUCCGGUCAAAGCAACGGACGAGACCCCCAGGCGCUGGCCAAAGCUGUUCAGAUUCACCACGACACCCUGAGGACCAUGUACUUCGCCUGAGCUCCAUCAACCAUUUCCAACACAUGCACACAGAAUCAUGCACGUCCGACUUGCCGGUUAAGGAGUCCUCAUAGGUGCAAGUCCAGCGUAUACUCACACACACUCACAGACACACAAACACACACACACUUAGUCAAUCCGGACCUGACACUGUGCAGAGGAAAGAGAAGAGUGGAGGAGGCACCCCCACACUGGACUGAGGAUGCAAACGCUGCUUUAGAAAAAACAAACUCAGCACUAUUAUGCAAUAUUAAACCAGCCAACUCGAUUAUUUCCUCCUGCAUCAGCGGCCUCGCUAACCGUCUCCCCCAUCUGUCUCUUUUUAUCGUAGCUGGUUGCUGUUGAUCAUUACUCUUCUCUUUCUCCUUUUUUUUUCUCCUUUGUAACAGUCCACUCAUCUGCUCUUCUGCCAUCGACAGUACCUCAAUUCAAAUUGAGCAGCAGCACUUUUACAUUCUGAUAGUUUUACUGGAUUUAUAUGUUUGUUUAUUUCAAAGUAAGGAGCCGAAAGAAGAAUCAGCUGGACAAUGCUCUCUGUUUUUAAAGUAUUUAAUUUGCCCUUAUGCCUUUUCUCUCGCUUCCUCCACUUACGCUCACGUGAUUCUUUUUUUUUUUUUAGCACACUGCCACCUGUUGGUUACGAGGUAAAAUGCGCCCCUGAAACGUUGGUCGCCAGGCUUGAGAUCUAUCCUUCAGCUGGGGCACUGUUUUUAACGUGGAGCGGUGCAGCCAUGUUUGGGCUUUAUUUAAAGUGAAACACUGUCAUUUCAUCCUGUUUUUUUAAAUUUUCAAUCUCCGGUCAGCCGUUUAUCUCACGUCCGCCACCCUCCCUCCCCCACCCUUGGCCUUGAGAUGUCGGAUAACUAGUCAAUGGAUUCUUCUAGUGCAAUAAUCAGCCGGGCGAAGGGAAGAAUUUAGGGGGUUGAAAAGACUCGAUAGGACGGUUAUCAUGGGCGGUCACGCACGGUUUGCCACUUGGGAGGCACUUUUACAUGUACAUUACUGUCCACCGAGAUGACGGGCUGCUGGGGUUUUGCCAUUGCUCUCAGUUGAAAUGGUGCAAGCGCGACUUGAAUGUGAGGAACUUCUCUGUGGCUCGCGGCCGUCGGAUCACAGGCUUCAUCGCGGAUCAUGUGCAGCAGCAGGGUUGAAGGACAGGCCACAGAGAGGGAACGUUGAAGUGCCUGGUGUCGGCAUGGAGUGUGUUUAAACAAGCAGCCAGAAGGUUUCACCGAAUGCCUAAUUUCCGACAACUGACUUUUCUACGUUGUUUUGUCAUCUCGCCAUGGGUUUAUUUAUUACGUGUGUGUGUGUGUGUGUUGUUUCGUCGAACACGUAUUAAACUACUACAAAGGUUCGAAUCCUCACAGCCUAAUUUUUAUUCCAGAGUUCAGGACACGGCUGAAUUCUCGCCAACCAAAACUAAAAGUUGAAGCAGAUUUUAACCAGCGACUUGGCUCCUCUCUGCUGCUAUCAAUCACGCGUGUCGUCGAGUCAGCUGCACUUAAACAAACAAAAAAAAGCAUGUGUUUCGGUGGGGAACACAGGCACGGUGCUACUAUUUCGGGGCGGGUCGUGGAACAGGAAACCUCACUUCGCCGGUGGACUCGAGACAGUCCGGCUGCUGUGUUCUGUCUGUUGGAACUCUGGAAUAGAUAGAGGGCGCCGUGGCAGUUGGUUGGAAGAUGGUUUCGUCCGCUGUUGACUACUUCUCAUGAGCACCUCAGUCGGGUCGAGCCUUUGUGACUUCAUGCGUCUUUUUAAAAGCCAGAUGGAAAGUAUAUUUGUACAAGGAGGUAACGCACACCACUUAUUUUUGCUAACAGAAAAUCAGAUGUAGUCGAAUUAUUAACCUUAGUAACACAUGUAUAAUUAUAGUUAAUGGGUUUAAAAGCUGUAUGAUAAACGUUUUAAUAUCGCAUUAGACUGUUCACCUGUGUCACUGUAUAACUAGUCGUGGACGUUAGUGACGUGAGUUUGGACUGUUAUUAGGGGCUUGUGCUUUGGUGGGGAAAAUACAAGCUACAAGGUUUUAAAUGCUUCACUUUCCUUUUUAAUUCUAUAUAUAUAUAUAUAAAAUAUAUUUCGAUGUUUGCGUAAAGACGUGAGAAUAUCAGAGAACUGUGUUCAUGUUUUUACUCUUGAACUGGUGCUGACGCCUGUGAAAAAAAAAAACAAAAGGAUGGAUGUAAGGAGGUCGUCGUGAAAGUGUUCAGUGGUCCAUUCCUUUGUUGAGGCUCGCGGAGAUGUUUGAAGAAGUGAAUGCCAGAAUGUCGUGGAAGGGACGCAUGACUCGUCAGAGCCAGUCGGAAUGAUGUCGGAUCGGAGGCGACGCCGCACGUUUUAUUUGAAUUGGUUGGUAACUCGCCGCCUCCGCUGCUGUCAGAAAUGGAGUUUGUGUGUAAACAAGACUCGAGGGCGCUGGAACACAUGUUUACAUAGCAGAUGUGUUUGCUUCCCUCACUCCUGAAAUGUCAGCCGCUCCGCUUUGCAGCUUGGAAGCUGGUAGCGCAGUGACCUAACAUGGGCAGGACGCGGGGUGCGAAGACUCUCCCUGUUUUUUUCCCUUUGUCACGCUAGUUGCUGAAACUGACAGGAAGCUGUAGAACAAGCGUUGAAGAAAUACUAGCCAAAUCCUCUACAAUAGGGUCAGUGUCUCCCUUUAAAUAAAGUGUAUUCCAUUUUGAGUACUCAGUAGGAGGCGAUGGUAGCAAUGGAAUAUGGGAAAAAAAAAAGUCCACAGAAAGUGCCUUUCCUCUUGAUGGUGCUGUAAACUGAAAGAAGUAAGAUGAAAACUUACAAAAAUAGAAUCUCCUUUACAAGAACGGAAGUGUUAGUUCUAAGCAAUGCAAACUUUAGAAAUCUGCCAAGUGAGUUUGUGGUUUUCCCCUUUCGGCUUAUUCAGUGUCUUGGACCAACGGUUGGUGCGGUGCGUGUCAGUGAGGGGGUGGGUUCAAAGGUUGUAGGCAGCGUGGCAAACAUAGCACAGCACUUUAAAGCCUGCCGCUCUAACGGUGGAGGACGAGAUGUUACCGAACGGAGCAGUUCAUCGCGUGCCUCAUGCUUCUUCUCCGGCUUCUGUGGUGGUUGCGAUCGGCUGGGGCUGGACGUGAGCAUUUCCUCUCAGAAGGGCAUUGGACGGCGGAAGUUUGGGGCGAGCUCGAAAUAAUCCCACCCUGGUUCCCGCCCCGUGGCAUUCUCUCAUCUCCAAACCGGCCUUGGGUCGCGCCCUAAAAUGGACGUGCGUCUCCCCCCCCUCUCCUUUCUCUUGAGCUGGUAGCGACUGAAUACUGUUGGGGUGAUGAAGUUGUACCUUCUUAGUCCUUACUACGAGAGAUCUCAACAGACGAACACUGCACCUCACUUACCUUGGUAUGCUGCAUAUGUUAUACUACAUGAAAGAAAAACUGCAAAUUUGCUUUUAUUACAUAUAAUGCUCGAGUAAUGCCUGAUAUUCUUAUACCUUUUCGAGUCAAAGUAUAACUGUAAAGAAUAUUCUGUUUUGUCUUAACACUUAUCCGAUUUUUUUUUUUUUUUUUUGAGAAAUUGUAUUGAGCCGACUUUGUUGUCCUAUUUAAAAUUGUGUUAUUACUUUUAAAAAAAUAUAUGAAAAAUAUAUAAGCGGUAUAUUUUAUGGUGUAUUUAUUGAGUGUUUUUAAGCGGCUGGAGUCUCCGCGUCCCUGUGUGGCAUGUGGGGGAGGGGGGUGGGGUUAAGAGGCGGAAGCCUUCUAGCCUCCUCCUUGAUGUUGGCGCCUUAUUCUCCGACACGCAAGCACAAGAACAUGGAGGACGAGGUGCGAGGGCUUCUUCAGUGCCUCUGCAGUGCCUCUGCUUUCACUACCACCCAAAAAAAAAUCAACACCCCCACCCCGCCCCCCAUGUUGCAUGCGUGAGGAAGGGAACCAUUUCAGAACCACUCGGACUUGAGUGUUGACUAGCUGACUCGUUUCAUCCCAAGCUGCUAAUUGGUACGUUCGCCGUAUGAGUUCCCUGAGCCGAGGAGCCGUUAAAGUAAAGAGAAGAAAAAAAAAAAAAAGUAUCGAAAUUUUAAGGUGGAAAAGUUUAGCUUAGACAGUAGUCCUCUUGGAUUGUGUUUUUAUUUGUGUCGUGCCAGAGCUUUUUGUUCAGCAGGAACAGGCCUCAUUCCACAAUGCCUCAGCCUUAAGUGCGUACUUAGACUUAACACGUGACCUUCUUGUGACGCUUCAGGUGACCUAGCAAGUAAACAAGCCUGCGUACUUGAGCUGCCCUGACACCUUCAUCAUCUCUCACGCUGCUCCCGAGCCCAGCUUGCGGUUCUGUCCACAUUUCAGUGCAGAAAUCAGGUGCGGGUCAAACAAUAUCGCUUCUUGUCGUUCCUUUUCCACCAGAAUUUAAGAGCGUUUUUUUUGUUUCCUCUCCACAAUGUUGCUUGACCUUUAUCGGACCUGACCCAGGUUGUUUCCUGGCUGGCAGAAACCUGUGCCUGUAUCACGAACCAAGGAUGUUGUGACAAGUUGCUUUUCUUUUCUUUUGAAGUCUUUCUUUCGGUUGUGUGGUUCAGACGGAGACAUGGAUGUUGGUUUUAUUUUUAUUUUUUUUCAGUCGAUCCUAAAAAUUCUCAUCACUUAAAGCCAUUGAUGGACCUUUGCUGUCAUUUUCCACCCGUUCUCACAUUAGCAUUCCAACCUCCAACCUUCGGCUAAUGUUAACGGGAAUGUGGGCAAUGUAGCCUGACUGUUCUGACUGUCCCUCCAAGGAGGAGAACCAGCACACAGGUCGGACUGUAAACCCUCACCACCCAGGUGACCCAUGUCUCGGUCUGUUUAUAUGUUGCGAAGGCUCUGCUGUACCAACAGCUCUAUUCCUUUCCGUGUCUCUUUUGUAACCCCCUCUUCAAGGAUGUUGGCCUUUAGUGUUGCUUUGCCUCAGUUUGAAGUGUAUGUUUGACUAAUACUUGCAAUAAAAAUGCUUUGCUUUA